AUGGCGCGCGAGCUCGACCCCCCGGGCACCAUCCUGUGGUCCUGGACCAACUCGCGUUCGCCCUGCGACGCGCCACCCUUCCUCGGCAUGGUGUGCGACCCCGCGUCGGGCAAGGUGGUGGGGCUAUCGCUGCCGGAGAUGGGGCUGUCGGGGCAGCUGCCGGGGGAGAUGGCGCAGAUGAGCGACGUCACGAGCAUCGAGGUGCCGCGGAACUACCUGCAGGGCGACAUCCCCAACACCAUCAACAACCUCGGCAAACUCCAGGUGGCGGACCUGGCGGGCAACGGCAUAAGCGGGCAGAUCCCGGACCUUUCGCCCAUGCGCGCGCUGCGCGUGCUGCUGCUGGACGGCAACCAAUUGCAGGACGCCGUGCCCUACACCAUCACCGCGCUCUCCAACCUGGAGCAGCUGGGUCUGAGCAGCAACACUCUGGCCGGCGCACUGCCGUCCUCGCUGUCAGCGCUGACGCGGCUGACGUGGCUGCGCGUGGACGGCAACCAGCUCGUGGGGCCGCUGCCGCCCGGGCUGGCGGCCAUGGCGAGCGCGCCUGGCGCCGUGUUUAACCUCACUGCCAACGACCCCACCCUGUGCGGCAAGGAGGUGCGUGGGUGGGUGGGUGUGGCUGAAUGGGUGGUGGUGGUGGUGGUGGUGGUGGUGAUGGGGAGAGGAGGUGCGUGGAAGGGUGGUGGUGGGGAAUGGGAGAGGGAGGGAGAGAGGGGGGAGAAGGGGAACGAGGGAAAAAGGGAGAGGAAUGAGAGGGGGAGGGAGCCAUGUCCCGGCGUGGCACUAACACCACCACCUGACGCGGCCCCCCCGACACUUGCCGCGCCCUCUGCUGCUCCCCCUUCCCUCCCGCCGCCACUGGCUUCCCCCUCCACUCCUGCCCCAAAAUCCCCCCCAAGCGCUCCCCCUCCCACAAACGCACUCCCCCCCGACUCCCCUCCGCCUUCCUCCCCUUCCCCCGCGCCAACCUCUCCCCCUUCCUCACCCCCGCCUAGCCCGCCCCUGACUCCCACCCCGCCCUCAUCCCCGUCGCCCUCUCUCUCUUCCCCCCCUCCUUCUGAUCCCUCCUCAUCCCCCUCAUCCCCCGCACCCCCCUCCUCCCCCUCCACCCCUCCCACCUCCUCCACAUCUGCUGUUUCGGAACCAUCAUCCAUUCCACCACCUAACACAACCACCACCACCACCACUGGCAGCAGCAGCAGCGGCAACAGCGGAGGGAGUGGUGGCAUAAGCGUGGGCGUGGUGGUGGGGAUCAUAGCAGCGGUGGCAGUGCUAGCCGUUGCCCUCCUCCUCUUCGCCUUCCUCUGCCUGCGCAAGCCCAAGCACCCAUCCGCCCCCUCUUCCGCCUCUGCCACCGCCACCGUUGCAGCAGUAGGUGGUGCAGGUGCUGGUGCUGGGAGGGCUGGGGGGAAUGACGCGGAUGAGAAGGGGCAAGAGGGGAGGAUGGAGAGGGGGGAGUUACCGAUAACAGGCUCUUUUAUCAAGUAUCUCCCCCCUCAGCAUGCAAUUUCGUCUGCCCCCCCUCCGCCGCCUUCCCCUGCUGUUCAGCCGGGAGGGGGGGAUAGGGGCCGCCCUGCACCCGCUGCAGAGGGGGAAGGGGGGGAGCAGGGGACGAAGGGGAAGCGGGACGGGGCGGGAAUGGGAAUGGGAAUGGGCAUGGCGGAUGGGAGGGAUGAGGAGGAGGAGGCUGCAGAUCAUGGUUAUGACGGGGAGAAGGACAGUGAGAGAGGGUUGCUACUGCCGCCUCUCCCGCCCCCUGCCAUCCCCUUCACUGCCUCUUCCCCCUUGCUCGCCCCCAUCCCUCCUCCGCCCAUCCCCACAUCUUCCCCUGUGUCUGCCACCGCUACUACUGCUGCAGCUGCUGCUGCUGCUGCUUCAGCUGCUGCCGUAUCACCAAAGUAUGGUGUGCCGUCCCGUGCUGAUCCUUCUGCUGCUCUCCCCUCCUCUCCCUCAGCUCCCUCUGCUCCCUCUGCGGCACUGCAAGGCACGUCGCCUCGUUCCAUCCCAUCCUCCUCCUCCCACACCCCAUCUCCCAAGCCCACGCCUCUUCCCUCAUCCGCCACCCCAUUCCCCCCCAUCGUCAUCCCCCCUGUCGUUCCCCUGCCCUCCCUCCGCUCCCUCGCCCACCACCGCUCCCCCCUCGCCUCCCAGGCAGCAGCAACAGCAGCAGGGGGAGCAGGAGGGGUAGGGAUGCAACCACACACCCCGCCCUCUUACUAUCUCUCUGGGAGUCCCAAGUCUGGUUCUCCUCACACGCCCUCCUCGCUUCUCCCGCCUGCUGCACUCCCUGAUUCCGCCACUGCUGCUGCUGCUGCUGCUGCUGCUGCUGGCGUUGCUGCAGUUGGCACAGCAGCAGCGGCUGGGUUGCGAGGGGCAUCGAUUGAAGAAGGUGCAGGGGAGGCAGGGACGGGAGAAACUGGGGCAGCAGCGGCAGCAGGGGCAGCUGUUGCUGUGGCAUCUAGCCGUCUGCCAACGUAUGGCGGCGCGGGCCGGGCUUUAAGAGCCGCCGAUCUUGAAGGGGAUAGUGAGAGCGGCGCGGAGGGAGGAGGGAGAAAAGGUGGAGGAGGAGCGGGAGGGGGGGUGUGGAGCAGUGGUGAGGAUGAGAGCAGCGCGUGGAGUGAGAGCGACGGGAGUGUGAUCGAGGGGAGGAGAUGGAAGGUGGGCCGCUCUGUGUCAGACGUCAGUGGGAGGACGUGGGCCGCUGGAGGAGCGCGAGGGGGUGGAGUAGAAGGCAGAGAAACCGCAGGAGAAGCAGCAACAGCGGUGGUGGGAGGAGGAGGCAGAGGAGGAGCAGCAAGAGGAGGAGGAGGAGGAGCAGGAGAGACAGUUGGUGGGGCUGGGGAAACGGAGGGAGACGAGGCGAGCAGUGAGGAGAGCGAGAGCGGUGGGAGCGGCAGGGGAGUGGCGGAGAAGGUGUUUUCGUUGGCGGAGCUGGCUCUUGCCACCAAUGACUUUGGGCGCCAGGGGCAGAGGAACCUGCUGGGCGCAGGGAGGCACGGUGUGGUGUACAAGGCGCGCUUGCCAGAUGGCACCACGGUGGCUGUCAAACGACUCACCAACUGCAAUCCGGACCAGUCAGAGCGGGAGUUCCGGUUCGAGGCGGAGGCAGUGGCGAGGGCGCGGCAUCCCAACAUAGUGGCGCUGCUGGGGUGCUGCGCCCAGGGCUCUGAGCGCCUGCUCGUCUCCGAGUUCGUCCCCAACGGCACUCUGCACUCCUGGCUGCACGCCCCUGCUGCUGCUUCUGCUACUGCUGCUGCUGGUCCUCCUGGUUCUGCAGCUGCUGGUGCUGGUAUUGAGGGUGAAUCCGCCGCGUGUGCGCCGCUGGAUUGGAAGCUGCGCGUACACAUCGCCCUGGGAUGUGCCCGCGGUCUAGCAUACCUGCACGAGGGGGCAGACGUGCGCGUGGUGCACCGGGACGUGAAGGCGUCCAACGUGCUGCUGGACGCGCAGUGGAACCCCAAGCUCGCUGACUUCGCCCUCCCCGCCAUCUCCGGCCGCCUCCACUCCCACGCGCCUUCCCGCCUCCUCGGCACCGUCGGGUACGUGGCGCCAGAGUAUAUCAACACGGGGCUGCUCACGGAGCGCAGUGACGUCUACAGCUUUGGCGUGCUGCUGCUGGAGCUUGUGGCAGGCCGCAAGCCCAUCGACACACACCUCUCGCCUGAACAGGUGGACAUAGUGCGGUGGGUGAAGCGGCUGGCAGCAGAGAACCGACUGGCAGAGGCAAUCGAUGGGCGGAUAGCGGGGCAGGCGGGGGCGGACGAGGUGGAGUACGUGGUGGGCGUGGCGCUGCGCUGCGUGGACGGCAACGCUCUCAAGCGCCCCCGCAUGCGCCAGGUCGUGGCCAUGCUGGAGACAGAGGACCCCACGCUGGUGAGACGGGGUGGUACAGUUCGGUGGGGAUGGGUUAGUCGCAGGGAUGGGUGGGGUCAGGUUAGCACAUGGUUGGCCCCUCCCCGUAACACUACGCUCAGUCCUCUCUCCUCUCCCCACCCCACCCUACCCAGCCCACGGCAGUAUAUUGGGGUGGGCGUUGGCCUUAGCUCCACCAGUCCCUCUGCCCCCGAUGUUGCCGGUAUGAUUGCCUCGGCUGCGCUUAAAGCAGGCGGGAUGGUGCCAGUGGGGGGUGUGAGUGCCACAAGCAGCAGCAGCAGCCCGGGUGGAGUGGGGUACGGUGGGGGAGGCAUUGUGGGGGGUAGUCCAGGGAAAUACAGCAGCCCUGGAGGGAAAUAUAACAGUCCCGGGAAAUACGGAAGCCCUGGGAAGUACGGGAGUCCUGGUAGCGCAACUGGCAGUAUGUCCAGUGCUGCUGCUGCCGCUGCCGCUGCUGGUGCUGGUGCUGCGGGCACGUACUCUCCAGCUGCCCUUAUACCUGUGCAUGCUGGGCUGCGCACGAGCGGUGCCAGCCCUACAGCUGGAUCUCUCGGUAGUGGUAGCGCUACUGGCAAUAGCCCCUCUGCAAGGACGCUAGCAGGGUUAGGAGGAGGAGGCACGGGGGCUAGUCCUGGGAGUGGCACUGGCAGUGCGAGUAUGUACACUGGUAGGAGUCCCAGGAGGUUUGAUGGGGGUGUGGGGCGGAGUGGUGGUGGGGAGGGUGGGUGGGGAGCAGGUGAGCUCCUCCUCUACCAUUCGUUCUUUACUUCCUUACCCCCUCUCAUUGUUUUACCUCUUCUUCCUUCCUCCCUCCCUCCCUCUCUCUCUCCCUCCCUCUCUCCCUCCCUCCCUCCCUCCCUCCCUCCCUCCCUCCCUCCCUCCCUCCCUCCCUCCCUCCCUCCCUCCCUCCCUCCCUCCCUCCCUCCCUCCCUCCCUCCCACCCUCCCUCCCUCCCUCCCUCUCCUCCCUCCCACCCUCCCUCCCUCCCUCCCUCCCUCCCUCCCUCCCUCCCUCCCUCCCUCCCUCCCUCCCUCCCUCCCUCCCUCCCUCCCUCCCUCCCUCCCUCCCUCCCUCCCUCCCUCCCUCCCUCUCCCCCGCCCUCCUGUCUUGGGUCCGGGGAACCACGGCAGCAACUGGCAUGAUAUUCCUCUGAGGACGUCCAUCCCCGAGAGCAUCAGCGCCCUCUCACGCCUCACUCUGCUCGUCACCCAUUACUGCUGCACUUCUUCUCCCUCCUCUCUCUCCUCUCUCUCCUCUCUCUCCUCUCUCUCCUCUCCCUCCUCUCCCUCCUCUCUCUCCUCUCCCUCCUCUCCCUACUCUCCCUCCUCUUCCUCCUCUUGCUCCUCUCGCUCCUCUCCCUCAUCUCCCUCCUAUCCCUCCUCUCCCUCCUCUCUCUCCUCUCCCUCCUCUCCCUCCUUUCCCUCCUCUCCCUCCUCUCUCUCCUCCCCCUCCUCUCUCUCCUCUCUCUCCUCUCCCUCCUCUCUCUCCUCUCUCUCCUCUCCCUCCUCUCCCUACUCUCCCUCCUCUCCCUCCUCUCCCUCCUCCCCCUCCUAUCCCUCCUCUCCCUCCUCUCUCUCCUCUCUCUCCUCUCUCUCCUCUCUCUCCUCUCCCUCCUCUCUCUCCUCUCCCUCCUCUCUCUCCUCUCUCUCCUCUCCCUCCUCUCUCUCCUCUCUCUCCUCUCCCUCCUCUCUCUCCUCUCCCUCCUCUCUCUCCUCUCCCUCCUCUCUCUCCUCUCCCUCCUCUCUCUCCUCUCUCUCCUCUCCCUCCUCUCUCUCCUCUCUCUCCUCUCCCUCCUCUCUCUCCUCUCCCUCCUCUCUCUCCUCUCCCUCCUCUCUCUCCUCUCCCUCCUCUCUCUCCUCUCUCUCCUCUCCCUCCUCUCUCUCCUCUCUCUCCUCUCCCUCCUCUCUCUCCUCUCCCUCCUCUCCUCAGGCGGCUGGACAAGAAUGGGUUCAAAGGCAGCCUGCAAUCGAGUCUAGUCGCACUGUCCAUUGCCCAAGCGGUCACCAAUUACUCUCCACAUCCCUUCCCUCCUAUCCCUCCUCUCUCUCCUCUCCUUCCUCGAAUGGUCCUUUCUUCCCCUCCUCGCCCUCCACCGACGGCCCAUCACACGGGCAAGCAGCACCAGGACUAGCGGAGACGCAGCUGUCAGGCUCAGUGCCAGGCAUCUCUCGCAUGACAUCCCUCACCGAACUCCACCUCUCAUCACCUCCCAGUGCUCCACCCGCGCCUGCAAGCGAUGGGUCACCCGCGCCUGCAAGUAAUGAAUCACCCGCACCUGCAAGCGCAGAGGCAUCGGCGCCUGCAAGUGAUGAAGCACCCGGCUCUCAAGAACCCAGCCCGCAACCACCCUCCCCUUCCCCGGGCCUGCCACAGUCUCCUGCUCCUCCAUCCGCCCCUCCCACUGCGUCUCCCCUGCCCCCUAACCUCCCUCCAGACAGUGCCCCCGCGCCUGGUCCUCCUGUCUCGGCCUCUGCAAUCUCACCAGUAACCUCUGCAGCAGGCGCCGCCGCAGCAGCAGCAGCGGGAGCAGCAGCAGCAGCAUCAGCAGCGGCAGCAGCACACGCAUCACCAGAGAGGCCGAUCCGAGAGCUGACAAUGGGGGAGGUGAAGGUGGCAACAGAUAACUGGGCGAGAAGCGGCCGCAUGGUCACACGAGGCUCGUUUGAUGUGUACCGCGGGUUUGACCCCAGCAACCCUGCUGUGCCGUGGGCCGUGUGUCGCGCUCGCGUGCUCAGCAACACGUUCCGGCAAUCGGUGGAGCGCAUGGGGGCGAUGCGGCAUGCGAACGUGGUGCGGCUGGUGGGGUUCUGCAUGGAAAUGACGCCCAGCGCGCUGCAGAUGGAGCAGGUCACCGUCUACCCUCUCUUCCCGCACGGCGACCUCGAGAAACGCCUCCGGCCAGGCAGCAGCAGCAGUGAGGAGGGCCACGUGCCCCUGAGCCUGGGCGAGAGGCCAACUAGCAUGCCUCGCUCAUCCACACUCCCCUACUCGCUCCACCCACCCUCCAUAUACCUAACCCCAUCCCAACGUUCCAACGCCUCAGAAGUCGCCUCAUGUCUCCCAACACCUUCCCCCCCACACCUUCCCCCCCACACCUUCCCCCCCACACCUUCCCCCCCACACCUUCCCCCCCACACCUUCCCCCCCACACCUUCCCCCCCACACCUUCCCCCCCACACCUUCCCCCCCACACCUUCCCCCCCACACCUUCCCCCCCACACCUUCCCCCCCACACCUUCCCCCCCACACCUUCCCCACACCUUCCCCACACCUUCCCCGCACCUUCCCCACACCUUCCCCACACCUUUCCAACAGCCCCAUAUAGCGGACUACGGGUUCAUCAAGUCAGCCCAGGAGGGCACGGUAGACAGGGACAGGGCGGUGGGCACACCGGGCUACCUGGAUCCUACCUAUGCCAAGUCGCUCACUGCUGCACCCUCUGCUGACGUGUACAGUUUCGGGGUGGUGAUUCUGGAGGUGGUGUCAGGGCACAAGUGCUUCUUCCGGGACGGGGACAGGCUUGUACCCCUCCCUCAGUGGGCAUCCCAAAAGGUGGACAGUAACGCACUCAUGGAGGUGUGUGAGGCGUCUCUACACAUCCCCACGGACACAGCACAGGACCUCGUGCUGCUUGCCCUGCGCUGCACCGCCAUUGCUCCGGACCUGCGUCCCACCAUGGCCGAAGUGGCGCGGGAAUUGGAGGUGCUGUUGGAGCGGUGCAGAGCGGUGCAGAUGGGAGGGGAGAGGGACCAUGCGGUGGUGGAUGUUGAGGAAGAGCAGGAAGCGUACGUGCUCGGCCAGCUGCAAUGGAGCAGAAUAGAGUGCGACGCGAACGGCAAUGUUGUCAAUAUAAGUAUGAACGGUCAAGGGCUGAGCGGUCCCAUUCCGGAUUCUCUAAGCGUCUUGAACACCCUUACGUCUCUUGAACUCCGUAACAACAGUUUAAAUGGCAGCAUCCCGUCCUUCUUCACCAGUUUCAGCGCCCUCCAAAUCCUGGCUUUGGGGUCAAACAGCUUGACGGAGUUCACAGCCGCCAAUCUUCCAACAAGCCUGAGGCUCUUGGGCUUGGCAAAAAACAAGUUCAAUAUGCCCAUUCCAACGGACAUCGGGAGGUUCUCUCUCCUCACCGCCCUGUACUUGAGCUCGAGCAACCUGAUUGAUCCUAUUCCGAGCAGCAUAAGUAACCUUACCAGCCUUCAGGCAUUGGACCUGUCAUACAACAAGCUCUCAGGAAACAUCCCUCGGGAAAUUUCCAGCGUGACUAGCCUCUUGCACCUGGACCUCUCACACAACCAGCUCUCAGAUUCCAUCCCUUCAGAGAUUGUCAAUGCGGCCAGCCUCUCCUACCUGAACAUGAGCUACAACAACAUAACUGGGACCAUUCCAGGCAGCAUGAGCCAGCUGCUGGCUCUCAAGGACCUGGACCUCUCGCACAACCAGCUCUCAGAAAUCCCUCCUGAGAUUGGCUCUGCGACCAGCCUCUCCCACCUGAACAUGAGCUACAACAACAUAACUGGGACCAUUCCAGGCAGCAUGAGCCAGCUGCUGGCUCUCAAGGACCUGGACCUCUCGCACAACCAGCUCUCAGGAAUCCCUCCUGAGAUUGGCUCUGCGACCAGCCUCUCCUACCUGAACAUGAGCUACAACAACAUAACUGGGGCCAUUCCAGGCAGCAUGGGCCAGCUGCUGGCUCUCAAGGACCUGGACCUCUCGCACAACCAGCUCUCAGGAAUCCCUCCUGAGAUUGGCAGUGCGACCAGCCUCUCCUACCUGGACCUCUCGUACAACCAGCUCUCACAAUCCAUCCCUCCUGAGAUUGGCACUGCGACCAGCCUCUCCCACCUCGACCUCUCACACAACAAUCUUACAAGCUCCAUCCCAUCUGAACUUUCCAAGGCCGUCCGCCUCUCAUACCUCAACCUGGGCAGCAACUCUCUUAAUGGGUCUAUUCCCGAAAAUCUGAAGCAGCUGCCGAUCCUUCAAUUCCUCCUCUUGCAAGACAACGGCCUGUUCGGGCCCGUAACAAACAACAUUGGCGCACUCCGUCAACUAAGAGAGCUCAACCUCGCAAACAACAAGCUGUCUGGGUCCAUCCCUUUAGAACUUUCCCGCCUCGACAACCUUUCACAACUCCUCCUGCAGAGCAAUGGUCUUAAUGGAUCCAUUCCCGAACGCAUUGGAAAUCUAAGAAAUCUAGUGCGACUGGACCUGUCCAACAACCAGCUGUCAGGACCCAUCCCAUCCGAGCUGUCUAAUCUUCGCGAGCUCACCCACCUGGAUUUGACCGGCACCAACAUAAAUGGAACUAUUCCAAGCAGCAUGAGUAAUCUGAACCAGCUCUUGGAAUUCCUCCUCCCAGGCAGCUUCUGCCCGUCAACAAGCCAAGGCUUCCUGUGUCUAUUCGCGGACCCUGUCUGUCGUUGCAACAUUACUGUCGACUCAAAAGUCGCGCUGGUGGCGCUGCUGCUGCUCGUUGUGUGGCGUUACUGCGGCACUGCCCGUGCUGCUGUGGCGGUGCGCGCAUCGACCCCCGGGGCGGCCUUCAGGGAGUUCACAUUGGACGAGGUGCGGGCAGCCACGGACAACUGGGCGGAGGCGAACAGCCUGGGGGCGCGCGGGUUCAACGAUGUGUACAGGGGCCUGGACCCCUACAAUGAGGGCCUCGUGCUCACUGUCAGCCGCGCCCGCGUCCUCGCUAAUAACUUCAAGAAAGCGGUGGAGCGAAUGGGGGCGGUGCGGCAUGCGAACGUGGUGCGGCUGGUGGGGUUCUGCAUGGAAAUGACGCCCAGCGCGCUGGAGCAGGUCACCCUCUACCCCUUCUUCCCCCACGGCGACCUCGAGAAACGCCUCAGGCCAGCUUCUCUACUCACCACUCUCUCUCUCCCCCACCCCCCGUUCUUUCUGCCCUUCAGUUUCGGUGUGGUGAUGCUGGAGGUGCUGACUGGUCGCAGGGCUAUCCUUGUGGUUACCGACCGCCAGAUGUCAAUCAGUCAGUGGGCGUCCCAGCACGUGGAUGCGAACGACAUAGCGGCUUUAAGGGACCCGGAGAUGCCCAUCGCUUACGACAUGCUGCGCCGCCUUGUCUCGCUCGCCCUCUCCUGCACCACCACGCUGCCGUCCAUGCGCCCGCGCCUCUCUCACGUGCGCGAGCAGUUAGAAGCGGUAAGGCGGUCCCUGCCGCCGGCAGCCCCAGUGCAACCCGCCCCUGCUGCUGCUCCUGCCAAUGCUCCCCUGCAGGGAGAUAUGGAGCAGGGUUUGCUGGAUGAACCCUAG